CGCCCGGCUCCCUCCACCUCUGUCCGGGACCAAAAGAUGUGCUCCAGAGUCACCCCACCCCCGUUGCCGCUGCUGCUGCUAUUGCUGGCCCUGGGGCCUGGGGUGCAGGGUUGCCCAUCCGGCUGCCAGUGCAACCAGCCACAGACAGUCUUUUGCACUGCCCGCCAGGGGACCACGGUGCCCAGUGACGUGCCACCCGACACGGCGGGCCUGUACGUCUUUGAGAACGGCAUUACCACACUCGACGCAGGUACUUUUGCCAGCCUGCCGGGCCUGCAGCUCCUGGACCUGUCACAGAACCAGAUCACCAGCCUGCCCAGUGGGGUCUUCCAGCCACUAGCCAACCUCAGCAACCUGGACCUGACCGCCAACAGGCUGCGUGAGAUCACCAACGAGACCUUCCGUGGCCUGCGGCGCCUGGAACGUCUCUACCUGGGCAAGAACCGCAUCCACCACAUCCAGCCUGGCGCUUUUGACGCACUUGACCACCUCCUGGAGCUCAAGCUGCAGGACAACGAGCUGCGGGCUCUGCCCCCACUGCACCUGCCUCGUCUGUUGCUGCUGGACCUCAGCCACAACAGUCUCCUGGCUCUGGAGCCUGGUGCCCUGGACACCGCCAAUGUAGAGGCACUGCGGCUGGCCGGCCUGGGGCUUCGGCAGCUGGACGAGGGGCUCUUUGGCCGCCUGCGCAACCUCCAUGACCUGGACGUGUCCGAUAACCAGCUGGAGCGCGUGCCACCUGCCAUCCAGGGCCUACGGGGCCUGACACGCCUUCGGCUGGCUGGCAACACCCGUAUCGCCCAGCUGCGGCCCAAGGACCUGGCCGGCCUAGCAGCCCUGCAGGAGCUGGACCUGAGCAACCUUAGCCUGCAGGCCCUGCCACAUGAGCUGUCAGGUCUCUUCCCCCGCCUGCGGCUCCUGGCGGCUGCCCGAAACCCCUUCAACUGUGUGUGCCCCCUGAGCUGGUUUGGCCCUUGGGUUCGGGAGAGCCGUGUGGUGCUGGCCAGCCCCGAGGAGACACGCUGCCACUUCCCACCCAAGAAUGCUGGUCAGCUACUCUUGGACCUUGACUAUGCCGACUUCGGCUGCCCAGCUACCACCACCACAGCCACGGUGCCCACCACGAGACCCUUGGUGUGGGAGCCCACCACCUCACUUUCCAGCCCAGCCCCCACAUGGCCGAACCCCACAGAGCCUGCUGCCGAAGCCCCCAGCCUGCCACCUGCUGCCAUGCCCACUGUGAGGCCUGACCCCCGGCCCCAGGACUGCCCAGCAUCCAUCUGCCUCAACGGGGGCACCUGUCACCUGGGGGCUCGGGGUCACCGAGAGUGCCUGUGCCCAGAAGCCUUCAUGGGCCUGUACUGUGAGAGCCCGGUGAGGCUGGGGCCACGGCCCACCCCUGCCCUGGCUACACUGAGGCCGCCAGGGCCCCUGCCCCUCCGCAUCGAGCCAGUGAGCCCCACGUCCCUGAGGGUGGGGCUGCAGCGCUAUCUGCAGGGCAGCACCGUGCAGCUCAGGAGCCUCCGCCUCACCUACCGCAACCUGUCAGGCCCCGACAAGCGGCCAGUGACACUGCGGCUGCCUGCCUCACUGGCUGAGUACACUGUCACCCAGCUGCAGCCCAAUGCCACCUACUCCAUCUGUGUCAGGCCCCUGAGAGCUGGGCGAGUGCUCGAGGGCGAGGAGGCUUGUGGGGAGGCCCGCACGCUCCCAGCUGUCCGCUCCAAUCACGCCCCAGUCACGCAGGCCCAAGAGGGCAACCUGCCACUCCUCAUUGCACCCACCCUGGCUGCUGUGCUUCUGGCUGCGCUGGCCGCUGUGGGGGCAGCCUACUGUGUGCGGCGGGGGCGGGCUGCAGCGGCUGCAGCUCAGGGCAAAGGGCAGGUGGGGCCUGGGGCUGGGCCCCUGGAGCUGGAGGGGGUGAAGGCCCCCUUAGAGCCAGGCCCCAAGGUGACUGAGGGCGGUGGGGAGUCCCCACCUGGUGGGCCCGAGUGUGAGGUGCCACUCAUGGGCUACCCAGGGCCUGGCCCCCAGGGACCCCUCCCUGAUAAGCCUUACAUCUAAGUUGGGAGUGAUGGACUGCCAAGCUGGGCUCUCAGCCUUGCUGGGACUAGCCAGCGCCUUCUUGCUACCAGACUAAGUAGUUCUCGGAUCCAUAUGACGAGGACAUGUCAGGGCAGGGGCUGUGUGACUACAGCAAGUGCCUGCCCCUCUCUGGACCUCAGCCUCCUCAUCUAAGAUGCAGGGACCCAGGUGAAGACCUCUAAGGUCCCCUGAGCCCAAGUGCCUCUGAGGAUGGUGUCUGCCCCAUCCUCUGCAACGUACAACCUCUGGGGUGGAGUGGGCUCUGCUGUGUGCUGGUAACACAGGCCCGGGGCUGCCAGGCCCUCACCCCAAGGAGACUCUGGGGGCCAGUGAAAGGAUCCCCAGAAAGAAAGCAGAGUGAGAGCCGGGGUGGGGAUGGGUGUAUGGCCCAGCCUUGGCCCCAGGGAGUGAAGCAACAAAAGAAACUGGAAAGAAAGAUGCUUUAGGAACAAGUUUUGCUUUUGUUUUUUAAAAAUAUAUAUUUAUAAGAGAUUCUUUCCCAUUUAUUCUGGGAAAAUGUUUUUCAAACUCAGAGAUAAGGACUUUGGUUUUGUAAGACAAACGAUGAUAUGAAGGCCUUUUGUAAGAAAAAUAAAAGAUGAAAUAAAAUGA